AUGAUCUCUCAAGGCAUUAAUGAAUAUUCUAAAAUUGGUUAUAAUACAUUUGACUCACAAAUUAUUGAUGUUAGCAAAGUUGAGGUUACAAAAUUUUUAGAAAUUUUUAUUAAAAAAAUUUUUUUUCGUGAACAGAUGGUAUCAGGAAAAAUGAUGGAUCAAGGGCCUACUUUGGUUAUCACAUUUCAAGUUUUUAUGAUACACGUAUUAAAAAAUAAAGAAGGAAAAGUUAUUGAAGGAGAUCCGAAUAAUGCAAUACGGGUUCAUCACGUUUGGGUACUCUGUCGAGAUAUGGAAGAAUUUAAUCCAGCAACAGCUUGGAAAUUGUUAGAAUUGCAUGUCCAAAAAGGAAAUUUGGUGCUUUGA